AUGCCGGAACAAGACCUUGCACAGUUGUCCAUAGGCAGCAUUUAUACAUCGGAAAAAAAUGGCUCUGAUGAAACCGGUGACGGGAGUGAAGCCAAACCCUUCAAGACAAUUCUCCAGGCGAUGAGACACGCCGGUAAGGAACCCUUCCCAACGAUCUACCAAGACUCAAAAGACGAGGGCCAGAAGUACGAGCCAGCUGCCAAGUCCCAGCUCAAGAAGAUCCAGAAGAUCUGGGUGAGAGAACAGUAUAAGAACGAGGACAAGCAGAAAAAAUUGACCGAAGAUGACGAGAAGCGUACGAAAAAUCUAGAUGAUGCCAAAUCUAUAGUCAUUGAAGAAGACAAAUCAUUGCCUGCUGCUAUUGGAAUUAAAAUCAAAGACGCUGUUGAACAUCGGGAUAAACGCGUCAAACUUUUCGGUUGGGUACAUCGCCUGAGACGUCAAGGUAAAUCUCUUAUGUUCAUUACACUGCGUGAUGGUACUGGUUUUUUGCAGUGUGUACUCAAUGAUAAAUUGUGUCAAAUUUAUGAUGCCUUACUACUCAACACUGAGGCUUCUGUUGAAUUGUUUGGAAUCUUGAAAAAACUUCCUGAAGGCAAAACUGCACCUGGAGGACAUGAAUUGGCUGUUGAUUAUUGGAGAGUAAUUGGUCACUCCCCACCGGGUGGAGCUGACUCUAUUCUCAAUGAAGAAGCUCACCCAGAUGUUCAAUUGGACAACAGACAUAUUAUGAUCCGUGGUGAAAAUACUUCACAAGUACUGAAAAUGAGGUCGGUAUUGCUUAAAGCAUUCAGAGAUCAUUAUUCAGAUCGGGGUUACAAUGAAGUAACACCACCUACUCUUGUACAAACUCAAGUCGAGGGUGGAUCGACUUUGUUCAAGCUCAACUACUUUGGAGAGGAAGCAUUUUUAACCCAGAGUUCUCAAUUAUACUUGGAGACUUGUAUUCCAUCGAUGGGUGAUGUCUACUGUAUCGCUCAGUCUUACCGAGCUGAACAAUCGCGAACCCGUCGUCAUUUAGCUGAGUACACUCACGUCGAAGCUGAAUGUCCCUUCAUAACAUUCGACAAUUUAUUGGACCGCUUGGAAGAUCUGAUCUGUGAUGUUGUUGAUCGGGUUUUAAAAUCCCCUCUCGGGCACAUUGUUCACGAACUGAACCCUGGUUUCCAAAAACCCCAAAAACCCUUCAGAAGAAUGAACUAUUCUCAAGCUAUUGAGUACUUACGCGAGAACAACAUCACUAAAGAGGAUGGUACUUUCUACGAAUUUGGAGAGGAUAUUCCAGAAAUGCCAGAAAGAAAAAUGACUGAUAAAAUCAAUGAACCGAUAAUGCUCUGCCGCUUCCCAGCAAAUAUUAAAUCAUUCUACAUGUCCAAGUGUGCUGAAGAUCAGCGUUUGACUGAAUCUGUUGAUGUUUUGCUGCCUAGUGUCGGUGAAAUUGUUGGAGGAUCGAUGCGUAUCUGGGAUUUCGAUGAGUUAUUGGAAGGAUACAAGCGCGAGGGAAUCGACCCAACUGCUUACUACUGGUACACUGACCAGAGAAAGUAUGGAACAUCUCCUCACGGUGGAUACGGACUUGGUCUCGAGAGAUUUUUGUGCUGGUUAUUGAACAGAUAUCACAUUCGUGAAACCUGCCUGUACCCACGUUUCUUGGAACGCUGCAAACCUUAA